CGCUCUCUCCGCGACAGUCGUGUACUACCAACGUUCGGCUGAGGAAGUGGGUGCUGCGGGAGAGCUGAAACUCAGUGACAAAAAGCGGAGAGAGAGAAAGAGAGAGAACUCGUGGCGGGAUUUUAAUUUGAUUCGAAGGAUAAGUUCGAAUUGUGGUUAACGAGAGAUUGGAAAGGAUUUGUCAAACUUGGAGAGAGUGAGAGAGAGAGAAAGAAAAAAAGGUGUUACUGAAGAAACACUUUGUGAUAAGUUUUCAUUUUUUUUUUCUUCGUCUGGGAUUUUUAUUCGCUGCUAUCGAAGCUAAUUCAGAAUGGGCGAGCAGAGUGGAAGUCGUAUAGCCCUCGUACUGGUCAACUUCCUGGUAUUUGCCGGGACUGUCGCCAUCAACCAGCUCUCGGCCUUUCCCCAGUUCGCAGGAGGUCUCUUUGUUAAACUGAGGAACUUUGCCACCACCUAUGGUCUGGGUGUCCCUCCGCAAGGCAUCUUCAACUCGACCGUCGGGAACCUAUCGGCCCUCUACGAGAUCGACGUCACGCCCGCCGGCUUCACCUUUCUCAUAUGGACGGUCAUCUACAUUUGGCUCCUGCUGGCUCAUCUCUACGCUCUGAUCUUGCUGUGUCGCCGUAAUGCUGUGGGACCCGUUUACCUGAGCCCCGCCGUCCUCACGCCAGCCUUCCUCGUCACCUACACGAUCAACCUCCUGGCCAACGUCACCUGGCUUUUCCUGUGGGAUCGCCAGUACAUCAUCUACUCCUCGGCCAUUCUGUGGGUUGUUUGCCUCACCAACUGGAUUGCCUUCGGUUUCAUCCACGGAAGCCUCCACCGCCACGGACCCUGGAUGAGCAGCCACGCCAAGGUCGACCUGUGGAUGUUCAGAAUCCUGUGGCACAACGGCAUCGCCCUCUACACCACCUGGACUACCAUCGCUGCUCUUCUUAACCUUGGCAUUGCUCUCAGGUAUGAGGCCAAUCUCGACAUGCAGCUCGUGGUGUACGUGGUGCUUGGUUCCCUCUCCGGCAUCAUGCUUCUGUGGUUCAUCCUGGAGAACACUGCCCUCGACCGCUUCGUCCGGUAUACCAUCACCCAGUAUGCCGUGGUGGUGCUGGCCAUGGUCGGCAUCUACAUCAAGCAGUACAACAGCGCCACCUUGGAGACCGGCUGGUUCAUCGUGGUCCUCUUGGGCGUCGCCGUCUUCUGCCUGGUGGCCCGCCUCGGCCUCGUCAUCGUCAGGGCCUGCAAGAGUCCUCUCUACGCCAACAACAAGGUCGGCGAUGACCCCGUGCUGAGCUACGCCGCAUGAUACUGGGGCUACGUCGACACCUCGGCCACGCGGCUCAUCGCCAUGUACUCUAGCCUCUGAGGUCGCCCGGGCUCGCUGGACCCACGCGCUGAGCAGGAGAAGUACCGCCGGAUGUGACGCCGAGAUCAGGGGCAGUGGGGGUCCUAACUAACUAAUUAUAUAUAUAUAUA